AUGAACAUUGUGGGAAAGCUCAGUUUAAUGAUACCGUGGAGUCUGUUCUUACUUCAUUCACUGCUGUCCUCUUUGCAAGGUUCAUGUCCUCAGGAGUGCCUUAAUGGAGCAGCCUGCACAGAGGCAGGUGACUGUGACUGUCAGUUAUUCCAGGCUCAAGGAAGCAGGUGCCAGAUUGUUCCUAACACUGGUAAGGACCGAGAUGGGAUCUGCAAAUCAUGGGGACAGUAUCAUUUUGAAACAUUUGAUGGCAUCUACUACUACUUCCCAGGAAAUUGCUCCUAUAUUUUUGCAAAAGACUGCAGUACUCCAGAACCCCAGUACACUGUUUGGGUCCAUAACAGUCCUCAGUGUUACGGUUCGGUCUAUGCUUGUCAGAGGUCUGUCAGCUUAUUUAUUUCAAACCAAGAAGAAAUAAUUAUUUCAGGACAUGAAGUAAGAAAAGCUGGAAUCAGAUUAACGUUGCCUCAGACGGUUGGAAAUGCUUUCCUUGAGAGACUGGCUGACUAUAUUCUGGUGAAGACUACCUUUGGUUUUUCUCUUGCUUGGGAUGGAAGCUCUGGUGUUUAUAUUAAGCUGACAGAAGAUCAUAAGGGAAAAACUUGUGGCCUCUGUGGAAAUUUUAAUGGCAAUAUGGACGAUGACCUGAUGCUGUUGCAGAGAGACUAUACAGAAGAUAUUGCUGAAUUUGCAAAUAGCUGGGCUGUGCAAACCUCAGAUGAUGUAGCUUGUGUACCUACUGCCUCAGAUUUUUCCAGUCCUUGCUCAGAUGAUGCAGAAUCCACUGAGGACAUAUUCUUCAAGUGCCAAAUAUUUCUACAGUUUCCUUUCCUCAGCUGUCAUGAAAGCAUAGAUCCAUACUCAUAUAUUUCUAGCUGUAUGAAUGAUCUUUGCAGAGUGGAUGAUGAGGAAACAUACUGCAGGGCAGUGACAGAGUACGCGAGAGCCUGCUCGCACGCUGGGUCCCCGCUGCGGGACUGGAGGGAUGACUUUCCUGCCUGUACUGAAAAGUGUGAAGACAGCUUUGUACACCGAGACUGCAUCAGUUGUUGUCCCCCAACUUGUACAUUUGAAAAAGAUUGUCUUGGCAGCAACCUGCACUGCUUGGAUGGGUGCUACUGUCCAGAUGGUCUCAUUUUGGAAAAUGGAACUUGUAUCUCUGUGUCGAAUUGCCCCUGCAUGUAUCACGGAACUGCCUUCCCUGUAGGCUCAAAAAUUGAACAAGAAUGUAGCAACUGUAUUUGUACUGGUGGCAUUUGGAAUUGUACUGAUCACGACUGCCCAGCCGAGUGCUCCAUCAUAGGUAGCUCUCAUUUCACAACAUUUGAUGGACGUCAUUUUACCUCUCUGGGGCUUUGCCAGUACAUCUUGGUCAAAGGCACUGGAAAAAACAAAUUCACAAUCACUUUACAGAAAGCUCCUUGUGGACAGAACUUUGAGCACGCCUGCGUUGAGUCUGUAACGCUAGUUCUUGAAGAUGAUGUGAGCAAACAAGUGACUCUCACGAGACAUGGUCACCUGCAAACUGCCUCUAACCAAGUGUUUAACCUUAAUGGGGCCAUUGAAAUUCAGAACAUAUCUUCUUUCUUUGUUCAAUUGAAGACUAGUUUUGGUUUGAAGAUAUUGUUUGCUAAAGAUGGAGAGAGGAUCUAUGUUCAAGUUGAUGUCAGCUGGAAGAGAAGGACGUUAGGAUUAUGUGGAACUUACAAUGGGAAUUUAAGAGACGAUUUUCUCUCUCCAGCAGGGAUGAUAGAAGGGACCCCACAACUUCAUGCCAAUGCAUGGAAGGUUUCUUCAGCUUGUUCUGUGCCUAUUAAUAUUCCUGUGGUUGAUCCCUGCAACAUUAAUCAGCAAAAUGCUGGCUAUGCCUCUCACUGUGAUGUCAUCAGUCAAGAAGUUUUUGCUCCCUGCCAUGCCUACAUCAGCCCAGGAUUAUACUACCAGCUGUGCCGCUUCGAUGCAUGCCAGUGUGGAAGCAGCUGCUUGUGCAACGCCUUGGCACACUAUGCUUAUGUCUGUGGCAAGCACGGGGUCCUGGUUGACUUCAGGUCUCAGGUGUCAUACUGUGCUGUGAUGUGUCACAGUGGUAUGAUUUAUCACCAGUGCUCUUCUUUUUGUAAACACUCCUGUUCCUCACGUUCUAUGGCAAAUAUCUGUGGAGAUGACUGUGCAGAAGGAUGUAAUUGUCCUGAUGGGAAAUACUUUGAAGAGUCAGUCAACUUUUGUGUAUCAAUAUCUGCCUGUCAUUGUCUUUACAAGGGCAAAGCCCUCCAGCCUGGAGAAAUCCUCCUCACGCCAACAGGCUCCUGCCAGUGCCUCAAUGGAACAGUGACAUGUGUUGAAGCCACUACAGAAAACACAGUUCACAUAUGCCCUGAAGGAAAAAUCUACUAUGACUGCAGAUUCCCUGUGCCUGGAUUGCCAGCUGCGGGUGUGAAUUGUGGCAUCUCUUGUGCAAACCUUGCCAUGAACUUCUCCUGUGUCCCCUCACCACCCUGUGCAAGUGGCUGCAUUUGCCCCCCUGGGAUGGCUGAACACAGAGGGAAAUGUUAUAUUCCUGACAGUUGUCCAUGCACCUGGAAAGACAGGGAAUUUCUGUCGGGGGAAGUGAUAGCUACAGCAUGUUACACCUGUGUCUGCCGGAGAGGGAUAUUCAAUUGCACCAGUUACCCCUGUCCUGCUGUCUGCACUAUUUAUGGAGACCGGCACUACUACACCUUUGAUGGACUGGAAUAUGAUUAUGUCAGUGACUGCCAAGCUUACCUGCUGAAGAGUACAGAUAAUUCAAAUAUAUCUAUAAUUGCUCAGAACAAGAAGUGCUUUGACAAUGACAUUGUUUGCUCAAAGAAUAUUUUCAUCACUGUUGGAGACACUGAGAUUUAUUUUAAUGAACCUUCUGAGAAGCAGAAGAUCUUAAGGGGACAGGAAAACAAAUCUAACUAUCAGCUUUGGAAGGCUGGAUAUUAUACUGUGAUACACUUUCCAGAACAGGACAUUACAAUUCUGUGGGAUAAGAAGACCAUGAUGCAUGUCAAAGUUGGACCUCGAUGGAAGGGUAAGCUGGCAGGUUUAUGUGGAAACUUUGACAAAUAUACUUCAAAUGAUCUGACUACAUCAAACAACAUGGAGGUGAGAAAUGCACAGGUGUUUGGAGACAGCUGGGUGUUGGGUCAGUGCAAGAGCCCAAAUGAAACCCUGAGACCAUGUGAGGUCCAUCAGAGCAAGUUCCCUUAUGCCAAAAAGGAAUGCUCAGUUUUGUACAGUGAUGUCUUUGCACCGUGUCACAACGUGAUUGAUGUGACUUCUUUUGUCAAAAACUGUCACACAGAUACUUGCAACUGCAACCUUGGUGGGGACUGUGAGUGCUUGUGUACCAGCAUUGCAGCUUAUGCCCACAAGUGCUGCCAGCAAGGGGCAGCGAUUCACUGGCGAUCUCCUUCACUCUGUGCCUAUGACUGUGAAUACUACAACCAAGGUCUUGGUGAAGGACCCUAUAUUCUGGCAAGUUAUGGAGAGAGUGAGACCAUUAUAGGAGCUAACGUAUCCAGUAGAAGGAUAUUUCCCCUGCCUAGAACCAGAGCACAUGGAAAUAUAUUUUUCAGUUUCAUGAUAACUCCAGGCCUUUUCAAAGAUAAAGAUUUAUCUGUCUCUCUUGUUUCCCUUGAAUCUGCUGAAAGACCAAACUAUUUCCUCUAUGUGCAUAACAACGACACGGUCGGGUUGGAGCAGUGGCAGGCGAGUGCCUCCUUUCGAAGACGAGCUACCUUCUUCCACCACCAGGGCCUCUGGACUCCGGGGCUCAGUGCCUUCGAACUGCACAGUAAAAAAGGCUUCUUCCUCAUUCUCACAUCCUCUGGUGUCAAAGUGGCAAAGUAUGACGAUUCAGAGCACUUCAAACGUUCCAGUAGCUUUAGUAUUGAAGACCUUGGGGCCUCUGUGCCUUACAGAAGGAUGUGUGAAUGGCGAUACGAGUCUUGUGCUAAACCCUGUGUUAAAACCUGCAGUGAUCCUGAAGGGCUGGCGUGCAGAUUCCUUCCUCCGGUUGAAGGAUGUUUGCCAUACUGCCCCAAACACAUGAUCCUUGAUGAGGUCACCCUUAAAUGUGUCUAUCCAGAAGACUGCAUUCCUAUGACACCUACUGAACCUGCAGCUGGAACAACACCUUCGUUGUUCAUCUCUCACACAGGGAAACAGAGUUCUUCAGUGAGUUCCUCAGAGGAAGAUGGAACAGUAUCAGCCAUGUCAGCUGGAAUCAUCACUCACUCCACUACACCAAUGAUCACCAACAUGGCAGUGAAUGCUACCUCCUUAAAGGCACCUUAUAUUUUUGCUAAAAUACCACCUAGCUCUUCAGCCAGUUUAUUGGAUGCAGUCACUCAAGCUUCAGAGGGCACUAAAGAGACACUAAAAAUCACAGUUGUGACAACUGCUACUACAAACCCAUGGUCACAGAUGGAGAGUGCCUCAUUUACAGCUUCAGGAGUGAAAUAUGCAACCUCACCUGAAAGAACUCUGGAUAUUUUGGAAAGUGGCCAGACAUCCUACGAGCAAAGAAAUGUCACCAACAAAAAGACAACCACUGAGAAAUCCUCCCUGCCUUAUCUGACAGUAUCUGCAGCCCAGAGUUUGCCUUUCUCAAGAAGCACAACCUCAGGGAAAAAAGUCUCUCUUUCUGGAGACCUUGAGGUAACAACAUCAGAUUGGGGCAAAAGCCCAACACAGAAAACAACCAAAUCUCCUUUCAGUUUAACAGAGCCCUCAGAGCUGCAGGCCACAACUAGAAUCCAUAUAUCAGAUGCUAGUGGUGGAAUGGCUCUGCCUUCCUCUUCAAAGCCUGUGGAAACAGAAACUUCUCAGGCAAGCACAGAAACAGUGACUGCUGACAAGGCUCCCUUUGGUUCAGUGAUGCAUGCAUUGAUGUCUACAUCAUCAGAAUGUGUGCCAAGUUACCUUGAACCUGUUGACAACUGUAGCCAGUAUGUGUGUGUUAAUAUGGGAUGGAUGCUGUAUAACCUUUCAAGGAACUGCCCUAAGGAUGUGCAGAAGCCAGACUGUGGUUUUCGAGGGAUGCCAGUUCAAGCUAACUCUGACAGUUGCUGCCCCGAGUGGGAAUGUCCAUGUCAAUGUUCCAUCCUGUCUGAACUGAGUGUUAUUACAUUUGAUGGAAACAACAUAGCCCUCUCUAAUAUGGCUUCCUACAUUUUAGUCAACCUACCAGGAGAAAUUCUUGUUGCUCAUAUUGAAAUAUGUCCUGCUGACCAGGUUCCCCCUGCAAACAGUUCAGGGCUGUGUUUUAAGAGAUUAAAUGUAACUACAAGCACACAUCAAUUACUUAUCCAUCGCCUAGCAAGGAGAGUGGUUGUGGAUUCUGUAACUCAGUCAUUGCCAUUUGCUAAAGAGGGGCUGAGUGUGCAGGAUACUGGUGCAGUGUACAUGGUUACUACCCCAGCUGGUGUGACCAUCAAGUGGGCUCACCUUACAGGCAUCAUAGACAUACAGUAUGGAUUGCACUCUAACACAUCAGUGAAGACAGAAGGACUUUGUGGGGUGUGUAAUGGAGAUCCUGCUGACGACCUGAAAAUGCAGAACAGGACAAUAAUAACAAAUGUGGAGGAAAUGGAAGUGUUCAUUAAGAGCUGGGAAACUGAGAAAUCACUUGAUGUGACAACCAGGAGGCCAGGAAGAACCUGUGCUGAGGAUAACUGCACAUACUGUAUGGAACUGUUAAACAGAACCAGUUUCAUCCCUUGUCACAACAAAGUGUCACCACAGGAGUUUUGUGAGAAGAUGUGGAUCAAUAGUACUUCUUUUUGGAAUUAUGAGUGUGAUGCACUUGCUGCAUAUGUGGCUUUAUGCAACAAGCACAACAUCUGCAUUCAAUGGAGGACACCUGAUUACUGUUCACUGAGUUGUCCAGAAGGCAAAGAGUAUCAGCCUUGUGUGCAGCCCUGCCAAGCCAAGACCUGCUUGAAUAAAUGGUUCUAUGAAGAUUCUGCUUGUUCCUAUUUAAGGGAAGACUGUGUGUGUAAAAAUGGCACUGUUCUGCAUAGAACAGGCUCCAGCCUCUGUAUACCAGAAGAUAAAUGUACAUGUACAGAUAACAGAGGACAGCCUCACUCUGCUGGGGAGGUGUGGAAUGGGUCCAUGAAAGGCUGUUGCAUGUACAAAUGUUUAGAAAAUGGAAGUAUUGUUGCUGUAGAACCUGAAUGCAAUGAGGAUCCACCACCAAUAUGUGAAAGAGAAGGGGAAGUUGUCAUCCAUGUCAUAGAAGAGAGAGCUUGCUGUCCAAAGAAAGUUUGUGAAUGCAACAUGUCAUUGUGUGAUGCCAUUAUUCCAACAUGUCAAGCCAAUGAAAAGUUAGUGGUAGGCUACCAGUCCCUCUCCUGCUGUCCACAGUACCGGUGUGAGUGUGAUCCUUCAGUUUGUUUCAAUGCUUCCCAGCUGGACUGCAGAGAAGAUCAAUUUAUUGUUGAAGCAAAGCUGGAAGAUUCCUGCUGUUUCUCUUACCUCUGUGUUUGUGCACCCUGUAAGGAGCCUGUUCCCUUGUGUAAGGAAGGGGAAAUUCUCACUGUAGACCUUCACACCAUACAUUACUGCUGUCCUGAUUACUACUGUGUUUGUGAUGAAAAUCUUUGUUCUGAGCCUUCCCUGACCUGCACAGAUGACAUGACACUUGUGAAGGAAAAGUUACCUGGGCAGUGUUGUCCAUAUUGGCACUGUGAAUGUAGCUGUGAAAACACUACUGUGUUGACCUGCAAAUUGGGAGAAGUUAAAAAAGUAGACAGCAGUGUUUCCAGUGCCUGUGGAUGCACUCAUUACAUUUGUGAGAAGGAUGAUGUGUGCAUCUUCCAAGAGGUCACAGUGCUGAAUCCUGGUCAGUCAGUGAUUCAGUAUUUGGAGGGGGACCUUUGUUCCACUGUACAGUGUUUACAAGAAAAAGAUGAGAACACAGGAUUCAAUGCUAUGCAUUUUACAACGAUGAACUGUUCCCAGCAAUGUGAAGCUCAUCAGAUCUAUAUUCCUUCCUUCAGUCACCAUUCUUGUUGUGGUACCUGCCGAAACACCUCCUGCUCUUUCCAUGCUGAGAAUGGAACAAGGAUUCUGUAUCAGGAAGGAAGCACCUGGAGCUCCAACUGCACCAACUACAAGUGUGCAAAGACUGCUGCAGGGGCUAUCAUACUGGGAUCAAGUGUUAUCUGCCCCCCUUUUAAUGACACUGAGUGUACAAAGAAUGGAGGAAUUGUGCAGACCUAUAAUGAUGGCUGCUGCAAGACCUGCAAAAAGGAAGAGAGGAUUUGUCAAAAAAUGACAAUCAGGACAACCAUAAGGAAAAGUGACUGUAUAAGUCAAAGCCCGGUAAAUGUGGCUUCUUGUGAUGGCAAGUGCCCAUCUGCAACCAUUUUCAAUGUCAACAUUGACAGCCAUUUAAGGUUCUGUAAAUGCUGUCGAGAAACUGGAACCCGCGACCUGGCAGUGCCGCUCCGCUGCUCAGGAAAUGGCACUGAGAUCAUGUACGUCAUCCAGGAGCCUGUAGGCUGCUCAUGCCAGUGGAACUGA